AUGCAAGGAAAUAAAAAACAAAAUAACCGUGGACCCUUACGAGCAAUUUCUAUCGUUUUACCAAAUGUUAACAAUAUUACUUCGACUUCACCAAUAAAACGGACAUUUAUAACCAGUACAGAUUGUGAAGAUAAGCCACGUUUGCCAGUGGAUCAUACGUCGUCUACACCAGUGUGUCGUGUUGUCACUUCAAGACUGUCUCAAACUAAAACAUUUGAAAAUUUUACUGAAAUAUUACCAAUGCCUUUACGAUCAUCAUCAUGCCGUUAUGAUAAAGAAAAUUUCAAUAAUCAGAAAUCUGAUAUACGUCAUCAUUUCCCUAUUCGCAACAGUAUUAACAGACUAUCAUACGUGGAAACUGAUAAUAUGAAAGCAUCUGAUAUUACUGUUGAUUCUCCGCUUACAACCUCAUAUAAUUUGAAUACGAGUUUAUCGUCUGUGGAUUCAAUUUUUUCGUUUGGCGGUGCAACACGCAAACGUCAACCAAGCUCUGGUGAAAUUGAUACAAAACCUAAGCAGUCACGUUAUACUGAAAGUCAAACGUCUGUGAAGCUGAGAAAUGACAAGGAUACAAUUUGCUUGACAAUGGGUUCUGAGGUCAAAGCUCAUCCCCGGUACAAUCUGAGGAAGAAUGCACUUGAUGUGGACAUCAAUGAAGAUAAUGUACACAGCUCUAAAAGGCAUUUGGCUCCUAUUUGCCCUGUACCCAUGCCAAGCGGCUUUCCCCUUCAGCUUCCGAUUCGUUACUCAUCUGUUUCACUUCCUUGGGAAAUGAAAUCCGACACAAGAUUCACUUCAUCAAGAACUGUUGAAACACAAACUUCACCUACUCGCAUUAAUCAGACUUCUGCGUGUGAAAAACCUAGAGGUAGACGACAUACAGGAUUGGGUCUUCGUAAUUCUGCUACUGCCCAAGUACUUCAAAAUUUAAAACGAAAGUUUAGCCAUCUAAGGAGAGCAAUCAGCGCUGACAGAAUAAACAAAAGUUCUUCUACGCCAUCUGACACCAGAGAGUCCCAUAACUGCAAUUAUACUUCCAUUUCAAGGAAUCCAGAAAAACAUAAUGACCAGUCAUGGAAUCUAAAUAUACAACAAAACUCUGAAGCUACACCCUACAAACUUACUUGUAAAGUUGUACGUAAAAAUCCUGAUGGUUCUAUUCAGAUCUCGUUGAGACGUUCAUCAAUAAAUGGGCAGUUCGGGUUUUUUAUUGCUCGUGACUCUAAAGGUAUUUAUGUGACUCGGUUGGGAAGUGUUCGAUGUGCAGCUAAACUUUGGGAUGUAUUUCAUGUUGGUGAUAGAAUUUUAGAAGUUCAAGGUCUGUCAUGCGAUAAUCUCGAUGUAGAAGAAAUUCGAAAUCUUAUACGUGGUUGUGAACUUGUUGAAUUUAAAGUUAAACCAUGCACUCAUACAGAUUCAAAUUUUUCACGCAAACAUUCAUUAUAA